AUGAUCUCCGCCAUCAUCAUAUAUAACCUCAAAGGUGAGGUCCUCAUCUCGCGUCUUUACCGUGAUGGACUGCGGCGUUCCAUUGCUGAUGUCUUUCGUAUUCAAGUCAUUUCAAAUCCCGACAGCAGGUCACCGGUCUUAACCCUUGGGUCUACCUCCUUUUUGCAUAUUCGCCAUGAAAACCUCUACAUUGUAGGAAUUACACGAUCCAACGUCGAUGCUGGACUCGUCUUUGAGUUUCUUUAUAAGCUUGUCGACCUGGGAAAGUCGUACUUUGGCACAUUUGAUGAGAACGUUGUCAAAAAUGGGUUUGCUCUUAUAUACGAGCUGCUUGACGAGGUCCUGGACUUUGGCUUCCCACAAAAUACAGAAAUCGAAACCCUCAAGCGAUACAUCACUACAGAAGGCCUCAAAACUUCAACAAACACAGCAUCCAGCGUGGUCAACCUGGCACGUAUUGGCAAAAAGGACGAUUCCAGUAGUAACGGCAAUACAAAGUCCAAGGGUGCUAUCACGACCCAAGCAACAUCGGCCACACCUUGGCGUCGCCCAGGCAUAAAGUACCGCAAGAACGAGGUGUUUGUAGACAUUUUCGAAGACCUCAACUUGCUGAUGAGUGCCACAGGUAGCGUCAUCAAAGCGGACGUUGCAGGUCGCGUCAUGCUUAAAACCCAUCUGUCAGGACAGCCCGAGUGCAAGUUUGGUCUCAAUGACUCGUUAACUCUCAACACGCGUGACGUUUUUGACGACGAAGGUGACAAUGACGAUGACGACUCCAAUAUUGGCCACAUGGCCAAUGCCGGCGCAGUCAAACUCGAAGACUGCCAGUUUCACCAGUGUGUCCGACUCGAUGACUUUGACAGUGACCGCAUCAUCUCCUUCAUCCCGCCGGACGGCGAGUUUGAGCUCAUGCGGUACCGUGCUGUGGAAAACAUUAAUCUGCCGUUCCGCGUCAUUGCUCAGGUUACCGAGGUGGGCCGUCUUAAAGUUGACUAUGAAAUCACCGUCAGAGCAAAUUUUGGCGCUAAGCUUUAUGCAACUGAUGUGGUCGUACAUGUCCCAACCCCACUCAAUACUACAGACACAACGUGCUCGACCUCCGGGGGUAAGGCAAAGUAUGAUCCGGCAGUUAACCAGAUUGUGUGGCGCGUUGGACGGUGUGCUGGUGGAGCAGAAUAUUCGUUAAGAGCAUCCGCACAACUCACUUCAACUACGGUUCUUAAGCCUUGGACACGUCCGCCCAUCUCCAUGGACUUUUCACUGUCCAUGUUCACCUCAUCUGGUAUCAUGGUGCGGUACCUCAAAAUCUUUGAAAAGGCCAACUACGCGACCGUCAAGUGGGUCCGCUAUUUGGUCCGUGCAGGGUCUUAUGAAAUUAGGUAUUAA